AAAAGAAGAAAUUUUCCCAAAAAGAAAAGAAGAAUUAGAAUUAUCAGUUUCUUUUUUCUUUGAAGAAAAUCAUAGAAAUGAUUAUUCAUAAUUAAAAUAUAUUGAUAAUGAUUUCAUUUGAUUAAUUCAGUCGUAACGCCUCCUUCACUCUCCCUCUUCUUUUUUCUCUGGUUAACUUAACAGUGGACACUCUCAUGAGAAAUCAUUCAGUUCACUUGCUGAGGAUUUCAUUUUCUGAGUUGGUUAAUAAAUCCAUUUGAAUUUUGAAUUUUUUUUAAGUAUCCGAACAGUUUUGGUUGUGUUUGGUUGCCGAGAGAGUGAAAGAAAACGAGAAGUGUUACCAGAAAAGUUUAAUCUUUUGGUCAUCAGAAAAUCGCUGAAGAGUGUUCCGAAAAUAUUUGUAAGAAGUGGUAUAUUUUUCUUCACAUUUCUUUAGAUAUAUUUUUGAGAUCAUUUUGUGAUUUAUGUUCUAAUUUUAUUUUACUUUUGUGUGUCAUCUUUUCAGAAUAAUUCUAUUCAUUGCUUAUUUUCUUCGUGAAAAUCUUGAGAAACUCUAUUAUUUUAGAUGUUUAGGAUUUUCAGGGUUUAAGCUAGUGAAAAUGAUGAGGCUAAUCAACUGAAAUUUCCGACUUUCACUAGCCAGGCGAGAUUGCUUGGCAAGGUUUGCAGUUUUUGGUUCUUCACGGUUUGAAUACUCAAUAUUGUUCGAUAAUGAGAGAGAGGAGACCUGGCCCUUGAAUAUUUUGGUUUUGGUCACCGAUCAUGGAGUUGUGGUCCCUAACUCCUUAUUUAAAAUUUAGCUUAUACAUUAAUUUUAUGUGGAAUUGUCUGUCCAAAGUGAGUUUUAUACGAGGUGUAUGCUACUGAACUGAUGUAAUAAUGAUAGCACUAUCUGCUAUUUAAUUUCCAGUGAUAAUUAUGUGUGUACGGAUUUUCUCUUUCUUUUUCUAAUUUUCCCCCUUAUUUACAGGAUUAUAAAAAAGAAAGUAGAGAUUAUAACUGAAGGUCACAUACUUUCAUGACCUGUUGCUAGCUUAAGAUUCGCACAUGAAGAAGCUGUUCUUUUUCAGAUCCUCUGCCUCCUCUGGCAAUGGAAACUCAAGUAAUAAAGAGUUUGCUCAACCAUCAAAUCAAGAAGAAACUUACUGGGAGAAUCCAUCAUCAAGUCAAGCCAGUUACAUGGCUGAGAGUAGUUUUCCAAGUUCCAGAGGCUUGUUUUCCAAGUCUCGGAAGCAAGUAUCCGAUAUUCAGAACUCAAGUAAUACCCCAGCGCUUAGAAGGAGUCGUUCUAUGUCAUCAGCAGCCUUUCUUGGUGUUGAGCCAGCACAACUUGACUUCUCUUCCCCCAGAAAUCAAAGCAGAUCUCCCACUUCUAGUGUAAGGAGUGGUGUUCCUCAUCAGCAUAAUGAUCAUUCUUUUCGCUCUCUUACACCCGAGAGGCAAACAACUAAGCGUUCUGCUUGUUCUUCUAAAAAACACCAUGAUUCAUCAGGGAGCUCUUCCACUUCAUCCAGUAAUGUCUCAAGUAAAAUUGUGGAUCGCUACAUCGACGGGGAGCAGCAGGAACAGAGCAGAUCUGAGCACAAUGCUCAGGGGAAUUUUUCUGGAAGUGGAAAUGUAGGCUGCUGGCGUCCUCCACGAGUGCAGUAUGCCUCACCAUCUUCUCCAACAGAAAGAGUUAAAGAGAAAGCAAGAGGCCAUUCAUUUAGAGAAGCCAAAAGCUCUCGUCUUCAUUUCUCCUCCAGAGACUGGGCUGAAUAUGGAUUUGGGCACGAAUCACCUCGCAGACUGGCGAAGAACAUUGUUGAGAGACUUUCGCAGUCUCGUGUUCAGGAAACCAGUCAAAAGGAGAUUGACUAUGACAUGCCUGUCACAAUUGAAGAUGUUUAUAGCGGAUCCUUGAAUAGAGACUUUGAUGCUAAUUCUGACACGGUUCCUCAGAGAAAUUAUUCUCUGGAUGAACCUUGUAAAACGAUUAAAAAAUAUCAUGGGGAGGAUGAUUACCCGUACUUACAAAAUAAAGUCUUUGGGGAUCAUUGUGAGGGUUUGAAUGCCAAAGAAUCUCUGGAGGAAAUGGAUGUUCGCUUAAGGAAAAGAUCUAAGGAAGCUGAGGAGAGGGUCAUGAUUCUAUCCGAAGAACUUGAGCAACAGAGCUUUCUUCACAGAAGUGGGUUUGAUGUGCCAUCUUUGAUUCAGACAAUUAGGAACCUCGCUGAGGAAAGAGUAAGCUUGGCACUUGAUGUUUCAAGCCUUCUACACUCGCAAAUUGCUGAGCGAGCUUCUUUCAAGGAAGAACUCAGACAUGCAAAGAAAGACCUGGAAUCCCAAACCAGAAGACUAGAGAAGGAAAAAAAUGAGUUACAAUCAGCACUGGAGAGGGAGAUAGAUAGGAGGUCCAAUGAGUGGUCAGGUAAGCUUGAGAAAUAUCAGUUAGAGGAACAAAGGCUUCGUGAGCGAGUUAGAGAGCUUGCCGAGCAAAAUGUAUCACUUCAAAGGGAAGUCUCAUCUUUUAAUGAGAGGGAUGCAGAGAGCAGAAGCAAGAUCACCUAUUUUGAGCAACAAUACAAGGACCUGACUAUAAGGGUGGAAAACAUGAAAGAGGAGAAUCAAGAUCUUCAAAAGAAUCUUACAGAAUUUCAAGAGAACUAUAGAGCUGCAGAAGACAACCGUGUUUGUGUCCAAAAGAAUUUUGAAAGUAAAGAGAGAGAGUGCAGGGAACUACAUAAAUCUAUUACAAGAUUAUUAAGAACCUGCAGUGAACAGGAGAAGACUAUUGAUGGUUUACGAGAAGCUUUUGAUGAGAAACUGGGGAAGAGCGAACCAUUAGAAAAUUUUGAUAAGCAUGUGGUGAGGUUGCAAAUGGAGCAAAUGAGAUUGACAGGAGUGGAGGUGGCCUUGAGAAGGGAGUUGGAGUCUCUAAGGCUUGAAGUAGAUUCUCUUCGACAUGAGAAUAUGAAUUUAUUAACCCGGUCAAAAGGCAAUGGAAGAGAAGGUGAUGCUUUAACUAUUCGGCUAGAUAAGGAAAUGUGGACUCGGAUUUGCUGUUUACAAAAUCAAGGACUUUCAGUGUUAAAUGAAAAUUCACAGUUAUGCUCAAAAUUACUUGACUUUGUCAAAGUGAAAAUAUCCCAAUGUUCAGAAACAAAGCAAGGAAACAAAGUUAUCAAGCAUGGUCUAGAUGGGCACUUUGUCAUUGAAGCUGAAAUGAAAGUUCAAGGAAUGAGGCGUGAGAUUGAAAACUUAUCAAGGAGUUUGCAAAAGAUCUCCGGAUUGUUGGAUGAUAGAUCCAAACUAGCAGCUUCUAUAUUUCAGCUAAAGAACACGGAUGCAAAUGGUUCAAUGCACUCAAAUCGGCAAACUCCAGAGGACCUAAUAAAAUAUGAACUCAAAGCAGAAAUUUUGUUGACAAAUCUAUUGAGAGAAAAAUUGUAUUCUAAAGAACAGGAGGUUGAACAGUUGCAAGCUGAACUUGCUACAGCUGUAAGAGGUACUGAUAUACUUCAAUGCGAAGUUCAAAAUGCAAUGGACAACGUUUCCUUUGUCACCCACAAGUUGAAAGAUCUCGAACUUCAGAUGCUUAAGAAGGAUAAUACUCUUAAUCGUCUCCAGACUGAUCUUCAAGAAUCUACCAAGGAGUUGACUGUUAUGAGAGGGAUACUGCCAAAAAUCUCAGCAGAGAGAGAUUUGAUGUGGAAUGAGGUGAAGCAAUACAGUGAAAAAAACAUGCUUUUGAACUCUGAGGUUAAUGUAUUGAAAAAGAAGCUAGAAUCUCUUGACGAAGAGAUACUUCUAAAGGAAGGUCAGAUCACAAUCCUAAAAGACACCAUAGGGAAGAAACCUUUUGAUCUCCUAUCCAGUCCUGACUCAACCCGAGAAUUUUGUCUCCAAUGAAAACAAAACCAAAGUUUCUUAUAAUAACCAUACUUGUUAAUAGUUCUAUACUUUUGAAAGGUUUCUUGUACCUUUUGAUAAUGCUCACUUUCUCCAAUUUAAGUUGUUGUCAGCAAGAAGUGAACGAAUUAAUUUUCAUGAUUCUUUUGUAACCGAUUUGUUUCAUACUUGUAUGUAGUUUGUUGUUUGUUUACCUUUCA